GCGAGUGCCGCGGAGUACAGACGCCAGCAUAGGUGACAGCAUGGCCUCCCGUGACACACCGCCGGCCACCAGCUACGCCCCGCCCGAUGUGCCCUCGGGGGUCGUCGCCUUGUUCCUCACCAUCCCCUUUGCCUUCUUUCUUCCGGAGCUGGUGUUUGGGUUCUGGGUGUGGACCCUGGUGGCUGCUACGCACGUCGCAUACCCCUUGCUGCACGGAUGGGUGCUGUAUGUCUCCCUCACCUCAUUUCUCAUCUCCCUGAUGUUCCUGAUGUCCUACUUGCUUGGGUUUUACAAACGAUUUGAGUCCUGGAGAGUCCUGGACAGCCUGUACCACGGCACCACAGGCAUUCUGUACAUGAGUGCCGCUGUCCUGCAAGCUCAUGCCACCAUCAUUUCUGAGCACCAGGACCUGAACCACUACUACAUCAAUGUUGCAGCCUCGUUCUUCGCCUUCCUCACCACGCUGCUCUAUAUUCUGCACGCCUUCAGCAUCUAUUACCACUGAAGUGCAGGGAGAACCGAACCCAGUGAGACCCUGGAGGCCGUGUGAUUAGCCCUCAAAGCUGGUCUUCCCAUUUGCCAACUGGAUUAUAAAUUCACCAAGCCACCCGAGGGGCCAACAGACCAUCUCUCUGGAAUGAUGAAGAGACUCACUUUGAACAUUUAUGUUCUUUGUGGUGACUAUGAGAAAACUAUCUCCCUGACCAAAGAUGACUGCCCCUCCUUCUCCCCCCAAAGACGACUGACUUUUGAUGUUCCCCCAACCGUGAACUCAGCUGAGCUCGGCUUUUCUAGAAAACUAACCCUGAACCCCUCAGACACUGUUUCAAGAUGCCUCCCCUGCUGUGUUGCCUGUUAGGAUCUUUUUGUUAAUGGUGCUCUCUACGAUAGGUUUAGAAAACAGUUAAUCUUAUUUUCUUAGAUAGGCGAGGCUCCACAAAGGCUUGACAGUCUACUGGCCCUGCACACACCUUGCUUGUAGCUUGUGCUAUGGCCCUGGAGCAGCUGUCGAGAUCUGCCUUCCUCCCUCAUCACACCCCACUUCCUAUAUAUUAAGGGCCCAAGGAAAAUGUACAUAAACCCAACGUUGAGGGUAAAUUUGUGGAAGAACUAAGCUGCCGGGUUUGGGGAGUCGGAAUGGGAAAGAUGCACAUGCUGUAUCCUUCAGAAACUGCAGGGCUUGGUGUGCCUGUGUGGAGCCUCCAGGACCAACCUUGGGAGGACCAGAGGCAUCCUUGUCUUUUAGAAAAGACUUCAGCAAAGGAGAUUGGAACAUCACAACCCUAGAUUUAUCUUCAGGCUCCUCCCAGAAACCCUGGGGAAGCAGCAGCUGCUCUAUUGUUCUAGGGUCUGUGAAAGGACCCAGAUGGAGGUCUACACUCAUUUCCAUGCGCUCUCAACUCUUCCUGGGGACCCUGUGGGUGGGGCCAGACUGCAGGAUUCAUCAUGGAAGGGUGUUUACAGUUUGGAGGCCUUUGGGCUUUUUCCAAGGACAGGCCUUGUGGAAAGAAAAGCAGGAAGUUCAAUGAACACGCUCCAGAGUUAGCUGGGCUCUUCGACCCAUCACCAUCUGGGCGUGUCUCAGCCCCAUGCCAAGGGUCCCUGCAUGCCAAGGGUCCUCACCCGACAGUCCAACCAUCUAAUUACCAAAGGGACUUCACUAAAUCUAACUUUUCUCCAUUUGUGUGUGUGGUGGUGGGGGGCGGGGUGAGACGUGGCGGGGCUGGGACAUGGGUUUAUGUGUGCAGGCUUAGCUUCGCCACUGUUUACCAGUCACUAAUUGCCCCAACAUCUUGAAAAGCCACCACUUAUCUCUGUUUUUGUAGCCUGGGAUCUAUCUGUGAUCUUCACCAUUGAGUAGUUGCUAAAUGACCUCGAGCAAAUAAAAGAUGGUUGGGCAGUGGGAA